AUGCCGGACCAACUCAAGGCUAGCGAGGUCAACUCCAAGACCGACCCCUCUGUCGCGAAGCAGUACGACGAUGAGACCCCCAAGGACCAGCAGAUCAAGCAGUUCUUUGAGAUGGUAGACGGCAAGAAGAUUUGCAUGCUCAACACAUACCGCAAUGGUGUUGGCCCCGUCGGUCGCUCCAUGGCCCUCGCCCGCCGCGACGGUCCCGACUUCCUCUUCCUCGCCAACAACCACUCGCAAAAGUUCAACGACUUGAACCAAAACAAAGAAGUCCAGAUCUCGUUCCAGGACCUGAAGACACAAGAGUGGGCCUCCAUCACAGGAACUGCCACAACAACAGACAACAGCGACCCCCGCAUCAAGGAGGUAUGGAGCCGUGGCGCUGCAGCAUGGUUCGGUGAUCUCGGUGAUGGCAAGCACACUGGUGGCCCCGAAGACCCCCGCAUGACUCUGAUUGAGAUCAAGAGCAAGUACGUCUCGUACUACGUCACAGAUGUCGGCCUCUUGGGUUACGCAAAGGAGAUCAUCAGCGCGAACGUCACAGGUGGCGUUGCCAACACCGGCAAGCUGAGGGAACUCAAGGAGGCGGAUUUGGAGAAGGCCAGGUCGAUGUAA